AUGGAGCUCAGCUACCCGCUCGUGCGGGUACCCUUCGGACGUGCCAGCAAAAACUUUCGUCUGUACUACAAGCAGCUCACGCGCGAGCUGGCGCAGGUCACAGCGCAGAUUGAAGCACUGGAAGAAGCUGGAUCAAGUCAAUGCCUGGACAUUGAGAUAGCUGUUGAGAAGUUGGCGAGGCUAGCAGAGCUGCUGCAGAGCUUGAGGCAGAGCGCCACGCGCAACGUGCUGGAGCAACACGACGAUCUCGAGAGCUGUGUGAAGCGCGCGCGGUAUCUCCAAACGAUACAAAAGUCAAAUAUUGGAGAGGAGAUCUCAUCGGUUACGCACCCAAGUGAUGAUACAAAGACGAUCAAUGAUCGCCUUGUUGCUGACUACUUGCUUGGACAAGGAUACCUCGAGAGUGGCAGGAUCAUUACAGAUAGCAAAGAUAUCGCGUAUCUCGUGGAUCACAAACUUCACACGGAGCGCCAAGCCGUGAUAAAGGAUUUGCGAGAGUGUCAUACCGAUACGGCAAUCGCAUGGUGCUUACAAAAUGGCACACGUUUACGACGUCUACAAUCGUUACUGGAGUUACGUUUACGGGUGCAAGAUUGUAUUGAGCUGGUGCGAGCUCGGAAGCCACUAGAGGCUGUUCAGUACGCGCGCACGUAUUUUCCAUCAUUGGCAAUGCAAGCGGACGACCAGACUGUUCGUGAUAGUGCGAUCAGUGACGUUCAGACGGCCCUGGCGACGUUGGCCUUCGAGUCGCCGGAGAAGUGCGGUAUUGCCGUGUACGAAACGCUUUUUGCUCCAGACCGAUGGCUGACGCUGGAAAAGAUGUUUUCUAAGACUUUCAAUGAAGUGUAUGAAAUGCACGAUCCACCAUCGCUCUGCAUUGCGCUGCACGCCGGACUGUCUACGUUGAAUACACGAGCGUGUCAUCGUAUUCGAGGCGCAAGCACAAAGGCUGUGCUUUGUCAAAAUGGAUCUCGAGGCAAGAGAAGUCGCGAAAAUACUGAAGAAGGUGGUGACGGUGCUGGCAACCGAGAGGGAGGUAAUGAAAGUGACGAGGUAUCGUUUGAGCCAAGCGCAGCGAUACAAGCGAGGAGUGAUGAUUCUGAUAACAACGACCGAGUGGCUGCUAGCUGUAAAAAACGCGUACAUCCUUGGACCGAGUCAUCUGUACCCCUCUGCCCAGCGUGCAGUGAAGUUGGCAGUCAAUUGUGCGCGGGACUUCCAUUUGCGUACCACCCGCAUUCACGACUGGUUUGUCGCGUUACGCAGAGUGUUAUGGACGAGCAUAACCCACCGCUUGUGCUACCUAAUGGUCGAGUAUACAGCAAGCAAGGAAUUGAGCUGCUGACGCAGCAGAGGUCCGACGGAAUGAUCAGGUGUGUGGACACCGAUGAGGUUUUUUCACCAGGUGACGCGAAGCCCGUUUACAUCCUUUAA